UUCUACUAUAAGUUCUCCAUCUAUCAACCCCCCUUUCUUCAACCUCUUUCUCCGGCCAUUCUCAUUCCUUCAAAAAAAAAAAACCAAAAACUUUUUUUGGGGGAAAAGAUCAGAAAAAAUGAGAUCGAAAACCCAAUUCCCCAUUAAUCUCAACUUCAAGCUCAUCCUCAUCUGCUUCUUCUUCCUCUUCUUAAUCUUCCUAAUCCCAAGAUCAGUUUUCUCGCCGGCGACGCCGUCGUCGUCACUCCAUGCAUCCUCACAAUCCCCGCCGGAAAAUCAAGAACCGCCGGAAAAUCAAGAACCGACAACAACAACGGCCGCCGCGCUGCCGUCGUGCCGGACCCAGAGCUGCGGCAAGAUCCCGCCGUCGCUGGCCGACGCGCUGGUGCACUACGUGACCACCAACAUCACUCCCCAGCAGACGAUGAAGGAAAUCUCGGUGUCCAUGAGGGUUCUGGAGAAGAAGUCCCCCUGCAACUUCUUGGUCUUCGGCCUCGGCCAUGAUAGCCUCAUGUGGACCUCCCUUAACCACGGCGGCCGGACGGUUUUCCUCGAGGAGGACCGCUCCUGGAUCAACCAGAUUCACCGCCAGUUACCCUCACUUGAAUCCUACCAUGUCACCUAUGAUACUAAGGUGACUGAGGCGGACGAGCUCUUGGAAACGGGGGCUCGGGACGAUUGCCAGGUCGUCGGCGAUCCAAGAACGUCGAAAUGCCGGCUGGCGCUGAAGGGCUUGCCGGAGGAGGUGUACGAGAUAGAGUGGGAUUUGAUAAUGGUGGACGCGCCGACGGGGUACCACGACGAGGCGCCGGGGAGGAUGGCCGCCAUUUACACCGCCGGACUUAUCGCCCGGAACCGGGAAGACGGCGAAACCGACGUGUUCGUUCACGACGUGGACAGGGUCGUGGAAGAUAAAUUCUCCAAAACUUUUUUGUGUGAAGGGUACAUGAUCGAACAAGAAGGACGGAUUCGACAUUUCACCAUUCCCAGCCAUAGAGCUCGCUCCGGUAGGCCGUUCUGUCCACAGUGAGACACUGACAUAUAGAUAACAAAAAAAUUGCCAAAAAUUUUACAAUGUUGAGGGUUAUAAUAUCAUGUGCUUUGUAGAGUUGUACUUUAUGCUUUGUGAGUUGUACAUUUUUUAUGUACUUCUGGUAAAGUAAAAGGUACGAUUUGAUAGAGCACACGGUAUUGUAAAAUUUACCGAGGAUUUGAAACAAUUUGGGAAAAAUUAUGGAUCGAGUUUGUUGUACUUUGUGCUUUACAGGCUGUACUUUUUUCUUUGUGCUUCUGGUGAAGCAAAAAAAAAGGUACAAUUUCAUUGAGCACACGGUAUUGGAAAAUUUGUGGAGGAUUUAAUUUGUAUCAUCAUGAUCUUUUCAGUAAUUUCUAAUGAUAGGUUUUGAUAUAUAAACAAUUUAUAUGUUCCUUUUGUUGAUACAAUAAUGUAUAGAGGCUCUCUAUUUCACUUGGUGAUGA